AUGGCUAGUCGGCAACAACAAAGUCAAGAAGAUGAUAAUCAACAAUUUCAAUUAAUUCCUGAUCCCAACCAAGUUCUUCAACCAAUUCAUAAUUACGAUCAACAACAACAUAGUCUACAACAAUUCCAACCAACUAAUCACGAGGCAACUUUUAUUGGGCAGCAUAAUCCAAAUGACAGCAACAAUAAUAAUUUAUUACAACAGCAAACACUUUAUGUUACACAAUAUCCAACCACAUCUUCGGCUACAAUUUAUAAUGGUGAUCACUUUAAUUCAUCUAACUUUAUUAAUAACAAUAAUAACGAUAAUGAUCCUUUAAGUUUAAGAAUUUCUCGCCGAAUGAUGAUGAUUAAAGAUUGUAUCAUGGAGAUGCAACAACAAUAUAUUUUACUGGAACAAGAUUUCGUCAAGUUAAGACGCGGCGGGUAA